AUGCUGGUCCUUUGCUCUCGACCCAAGUUUCAUAUUCAACUAUUACUGCUGUGUGUUCCUGCUUUCAUAAUCAUCUGCAUUUUCUGGCAAACUCUCCGUGUGCGUGACACACCAAGCGCAUAUAAUGCGUAUGUCUUCUACGCCGACAGCGACGACUAUGCCUGCUCAGUGUUGGUUAACGCGCACAUCCUCCAGCAUUUAAUGGGCACAAGAUAUCGCAUUUUCGCCAUUAUAUCUGGUGGUGUUUCCCGAGCCAUGCAAGACGCCCUGGCGGCGAAAAACGUAAACAUGAUCCAUGAAACGCCUCUGCCACUUCACGCAAACAGCGUCUCAUACUACAAGGGAUGUCUCUUGAAACUAGCGGCCUUUAAAUUGCACGAAUACGAUUCUUCGAUCCGGAGAUUGCUGGCGCUCGACGCCGACCAACUAAUACUUCAAAACCUGGACAAGAUUUUCGACACUCAAAUGACGGAUUUUAUGGCUCCAACCGCUUAUUGGAUUAGCAAUGGCAAGAUCACCAGCACUUGCAUGUUGAUCAGGCCAGGCAAACCGAUGUGGGAUAGGGUCCAGGCGGCUGCGACAAGUAUAGAGCCUGACAAGUACGACAUGGACCUUAUCAACGACCUAUUCGCCGAGCGAGGAGAUCGAUUGAGCGAGAGAUAUGUGACGCUCAAUAGUCACUGGGAAGAUUGGAACAUUCCCCUGUGGAUGGGCCCUAGGUCUAAUGGCAGUGCGACAGACGAACAGCUACGGGCUUUGUAUGACCAAGCGGCCAUCAUUCACUUCACUGCUGCUGGCAAGCCAUGGAUGCACGACACUCAGACGCUGCGGGAGCAGAAACCGGACGCGCAUCCUCUCAUGGUAGAACAGUGGGCUAGAUGGCGAUCGUUGGCACUGCAGAAUUGCCCAGCAGGGAUCCUGGACCAUGUGUAA